UCACCUGACAUCCACGUCACCACUGUCCGCUUCUACCCACGCCGAGCCCGGGCGGUCCCGCGUCCCACUUUAAAAGCCCCCGACCGGUCUUCUCCAUCUUGAUCUCGUCGUGUCUCACCCGCCGCAGCGGCAUGAGUGGGUUCACAGAGCUCGGCUUCGCUCUCAUCAUAUUCUUGUCCCUCUCCCUUCUAGGGUUAGCCGCCGAGCUCAUCUACCUCCUCCACCGCCGGCGGCGGAGGUGGCUCCUUCAGCAAUCCACUGCCGAUCCCGAGCUCGGCGGCGGGCCGUCCUCCGGGGAUCUCCUCCUCCACGUCCUCUGCUUCGAGCCCCGCUCCCGGGUCGAGCCCGCCUGCGCUGCCCCGUCCUUCGCUCAUCCCUCCGCCGCCGCCAAUCCUGCUUCGCCGAAGCCCCCGGUAGAUCCCGCGGAGGCGGAGUCGGAUUCCGACCCAGAGGAGGAUUGCGACUUCGACCGGUGGCGGGCCACGUACUUGGGGCCCUCCCGAGCCCUGUACACCAUCAACGAGGAGGAGGAAGACGACGACGAACAUUGGGAGGAGGCAGAGGAGGAGGAAACGCCAUUCGCGACGCCGUGCUCGUCGCCCGGGUUCUACACUCCGUCGCCAUCUCCGCCCCGCACGAGGGAGUAGGCCAGAGACGACGCCGGGAAACUCUCCCUUGCCGUCCAUCGGAGGUGAGGAUUUAGGGCGCGCUUUGCACGGGGCCGGGACUGUACGGUCGUCCGUACGAAACUAUGAGUGGCCAUGGCCACUUCCAGUCACCCAUUUAAUGAAUGUGCACCCACCGGUUUCCCAGCCUGCAACGAUGAGGAGAUGAAGGUGAAAAUACCCUUCUCAGAAAGUAAGAUUCUUCUGCCAGGGUUUUGUACUGUACCAAUCCCAAUUUAACAUAUAAUUUCCAUUGUAGCUAUAACAUACUCCUGAAUGACUCAAGUGUGCGCAGGAUCACUAUGAACAAAUGAUGAGUACCAUGCUUGCUGUAGUCACAAGUCACAUGGAUGCAGCUAAUUUCCUGUGAACAAUGUUGUUGUUGUGUGAAAUAAAUGCUCCCCUUCAUCAUUUAUUCCUUGCUGGUAAUCUUGGGACUACCACAAGUACUAAGAUUUCAUGUUUCUUAUUGACAAACUGAUGUUUCUGAACAUCAUGUAAAGAAGAAAUAAAAAUACUAAAGGAUAAUAAGCACAUCACAAAAAUGAAUGGCAUGAAA